AUGGGAGAGCAGUUGAGACGACCUAACUGGGGGUGUUUGGGGGUGUACUGCGCAAGUGACCGGCCGGGUGAAGUGCCCCGAGUAGAGGUCUGGAGCAAAUACUUGCUGCGUUUCCUAGCGUGCAAGGUGCUGACGAAAGGCUGGAAGGCUGUUGCUGGGGCACCCCAUACCUUCCUUGCCUUGCAAAAGAUAAUACUGUAUGCGUACUGCGGCAGAGGUGACAAGCAGUCAAAUGGUAAAGGUGAAGGUGGAUCAUUGGAUGGGAUCCAGAGGGCGAGAGGCAAGGCGAGGACGCACCGGUUCCCUUUUUUUCCAUUCCUUCCCCCUCCCACCUUUUUACCCUUCUACCCCCUCCAUCCCAUUCACCUCUUUUCGACGAUAAAAGAAUCGGUAGAGGAGCUCAUCAGUUCCCCUGUCGUUUCCUGGAACCGUCGACUUUUCAACCUUUCGAGGCAACCCUCACAUCUUCAUCUGUCUUCCUUCAUUCUCUCCCAGCAGAGAAAAGGAUUCAGCACUCUAAAUUUCAAAGAGCUCGUUGAGCCACCGCCGUCAAGAUGGUCAAGUAAGUUCAUCACAACCCAUCUCACUCUAGUCUCGGGCAUAAGCAACAUCACGACAUGUCUCUUCAUCAUCAUCAUCAUCAACAACACCAUCAUGGAGCAAUGCCUGCACACUUUGCUGCAUCGUUGCAGCAAAGCUUUGCUGAGCGCCCAUCUCUACCCCGCCCCUCACCUCACCUCACCUCACUUUGACCUUCUCCCCUCACUCUCCUUCGGAGAGAUCCGUGGGCUCAUGGACAAGCCCACCAACGUCCGUAACAUGUCCGUCAUUGCCCACGUCGAUCACGGAAAGUCCACCCUCACCGACUCCCUUCUCUCCAAGGCCGGUAUCAUCUCCACCGCCAAGGCCGGAGACGCGAGAGCCACGGAUACCCGUGCCGACGAGCAGGAGCGUGGUAUUACCAUCAAGUCUACCGCCAUCUCCCUGUACCACAACGUCGACCCCGACGAUGUCAAGGACAUUGUUGGCCAGAAGACCGACGGCACCGACUUCCUCAUCAACCUGAUCGACUCCCCCGGUCACGUUGAUUUCUCUUCCGAAGUCACUGCUGCUCUCCGUGUCACUGACGGUGCUCUCGUUGUCGUCGACACCGUCGAGGGUGUCUGCGUCCAGACCGAGACUGUCCUGCGUCAGGCCCUCGGUGAGCGCAUCAAGCCCGUCGUCAUCAUCAACAAGGUCGACCGUGCUCUUCUCGAGCUUCAGGUCUCCAAGGAGGACCUUUACCAGUCCUUCUCCCGUACCAUCGAGUCCGUCAACGUCAUCAUCUCCACCUACUUUGACAAGUCGCUCGGUGACGUCCAGGUCUACCCCGACAAGGGUACCAUCGCCUUCGGUUCCGGUCUUCACGGCUGGGCCUUCACCAUCCGCCAGUUCGCCGUCCGCUACGCCAAGAAGUUCGGUGUCGACCGCAACAAGAUGAUGGAGCGUCUCUGGGGCGACAACUACUUCAACCCCCACACCAAGAAGUGGACCAACAAGAGCACCCACGAGGGCAAGCAGCUCGAGCGUGCCUUCAACCAGUUCAUCUUGGACCCCAUCUUCAAGAUCUUCUCCGCCGUCAUGAACUUCAAGAAGGAGGAGGUCGCCACCCUUCUCCAGAAGCUCGACCUCAAGCUCCCCGUUGAGGACCGCGAGAAGGAGGGCAAGCAGCUCCUCAAGGCCGUCAUGCGCACUUUCCUCCCCGCCGCCGACGCCCUUCUCGAGAUGAUGAUUCUCCACCUCCCCUCCCCCGUCACCGCCCAGAAGUACCGUGCCGAGACUCUGUACGAGGGUCCCCCCGACGAUGAGGCCGCCAUUGCCAUCCGCGACUGCGAUGCCAAGGGUCCCCUCAUGCUCUACGUCUCCAAGAUGGUUCCCACCUCCGACAAGGGUCGCUUCUACGCUUUCGGUCGUGUCUUCGCCGGUACCGUCAAGUCCGGUAUCAAGGUCCGCAUCCAGGGCCCCAACUACACCCCCGGCAAGAAGGAGGAUCUCUUCAUCAAGGCUAUCCAGCGUACCGUCCUCAUGAUGGGUGGCAAGGUCGAGGCCAUCGACGACAUGCCUGCCGGUAACAUUGUCGGUCUCGUUGGUAUUGACCAGUUCCUCCUCAAGUCUGGUACCCUCACCACCUCCGACACCGCCCACAACCUCAAGGUCAUGAAGUUCUCCGUCUCCCCCGUCGUCCAGCGCUCCGUCCAGGUCAAGAACGCCCAGGAUCUCCCCAAGCUCGUCGAGGGUCUCAAGCGUCUCUCCAAGUCCGACCCCUGUGUCCUGACCAUGACCUCCGAGUCUGGUGAGCACAUUGUCGCCGGUGCCGGUGAGCUCCACUUGGAGAUUUGCCUGAACGAUCUCAUGAACGACCACGCCGGUGUUCCCCUCAUCAUCUCCGACCCCGUCGUCCAGUACCGUGAGACCGUUGUUGGCAAGUCCAGCAUCACCGCUCUCUCCAAGUCUCCCAACAAGCACAACCGUAUCUACAUGAUCGCUGAGCCCAUCGACGAGGAGCUCUCCAAGGAGAUCGAGGCUGGCAAGAUCAGCCCCCGUGACGAUUUCAAGGCCCGCGCCCGUGUCCUCGCUGACGACUUCGGCUGGGAUGUCACUGACGCCCGUAAGAUCUGGACCUUCGGCCCCGACACCACCGGUGCCAACUUGCUCGUCGACCAGACCAAGGCCGUCCAGUACCUCAACGAAAUCAAGGACUCCGUCGUCUCUGGUUUCCAGUGGGCCACCCGCGAGGGUCCCGUUGCCGAGGAGCCCAUGCGUUCCGUCCGCUGGAACAUCAUGGAUGUCACCCUCCACGCCGAUGCCAUUCACCGUGGUGGUGGCCAGAUCAUCCCCACCUCCCGCCGUGUCCUGUACGCCGCCGCCCUUCUCGCCGAGCCCGCUCUCCUCGAGCCCGUCUUCUUGGUCGAGAUCCAGGUGCCCGAGCAGGCCAUGGGUGGUGUCUACGGUGUCCUUACCCGCAGACGUGGUCACGUCUUCGGUGAGGAGCAGCGCCCCGGUACUCCCCUGUUCACCAUCAAGGCCUACCUGCCCGUCAUGGAGUCCUUCGGCUUCAACAGUGACCUGCGCCAGGCCACCUCCGGACAGGCCUUCCCCCAGUCCGUCUUUGACCACUGGCAGCCCCUGCCCGGUGGCUCUCCUCUGGACGGCACCUCCAAGGUCGGCCAGAUCGUCCAGGAGAUGCGUAAGCGCAAGGGUCUCAAGGUUGAGGUUCCCGGUGUUGAGAACUACUACGACAAGUUUAACAAGUCUGUUGAAUCUCAGAUCGCCGUGCCAUAUCCUCCCGAGACAAGACUGAAAUCUGCAGCGGGCAACGGCAGCGGGCAGCAGCAGCGACGCCGACCCUCGCAUGGAUCCCACUUAGGUUUAAACUCCUUCUCUCAACAACCUCUCAUUUCUGGGCAAAUUUUUGUUUGUUCGCGUGGCUUCCCGCCGAGCAAUAACAAUGACUCCAACCUGUCCGUACAUUACUUGACAGAGGAGGAUGCGCCCUUGCUCAGGACGUGGCUCCUGAGCAAGCUGCCUGAAGUAUCCGAUACAGAGACAGACAUCUUGGCCGACUAUGUCCUUGCUCUUCUCGCCUCGCAGGAAGGCGACGCUGCGCACAUUCGUGCGGCAUGCGAAAGCGAACUGCCGCAGUUCCUCAACACAGACACCGCGCCGGAAUUUGUUGACGAGCUGUUUCGCGUCAUCGAGUACAAGUCGUUUCUCCCGGGCGCGCCUCCCCCGCCCAAGAGGUUGACAGAGGCAGACAAUCGCGCGGCGGCUUCGGAGUUUCCGUCUCAGGGUGGUUCGCGAAAGCGCUCAUUCAAUGACAGGGGCGACGCCGGCGCUUCGGUCGAUCGGGACGCGGGCUUCGAGGAGCGCGCUUACAAGCAACCUCGCCGGAGUCAGUGGGACUCGACGGCUUCGGGUGCUGGAGGGUACUCUGCGCAGCCGUUCCCUGCCGAUGGCUCGUUCCAGCUGUCGGCUACGGCGGCGCCGUACGACCCAAACUUCCCGCGAGGAGCACCAACUGGCCCCCAGAACUGGCGCGGGAUGCCUCAGAUGCCACCGGCCUAUCCUCAGGGCGCCGCCCCGCCUCAAGGGCCACGAAGAAAUAGGCAGAAAUGCCGCGAAUUCGCGACCAAGGGGUACUGCGCUCGGGGAAGCUCAUGCCAGUAUGACCACGGCGUCGAGCCCAUCUGGUUGCCGCCUAGCGGUCCUAGUGGUCCUCAGAAAUUCGAUGACUUUGAUCCCCGAGACGCGGCCAUGAUGAUGUCGCAAAACUUCCAACAAAUGCAGCAGCUCAUGGAGGCAUUCAACGCUGAGCGAUCCAGUCGCGAGGGCCGCAAGAACCGCCGUGCUACUAGAGGCAAACGGCGUCAGCACAGAGCCUCCUUUUCCGCUGAAGGCCCUGUUGAGGAUACCACGAAGACGACAAUCGUCGUGGAGAACAUACCCGAGGAGUACCUGUCUGAGGAGGAAGUCCGCAAGUUCUUCUCCGAGUUUGGCGAUAUUCAAGAGGCCUCGCUGCAGCCUCACAAGCGGCUCGCAACUGUCACGUAUGACACGUGGGAUGCUGCCAAUGCGGCGUACCGGUCUCCUAAGGUCAUCUUUGACAACCGCUUCGUCAGAGUGUUUUGGUUCGUCGAAGAGAGCGAGCAGGCUGCCGCACGCGCUGCUGCCAAUGGCGAAGACCCAGACGCUGAGCCGGAGAUUGAUCUUGAGGAGUUUAUGAAGAAGCAAGAAGAGGCCCAGCGGCAGCACGAGGAAAAAGCGCAAAAGAAGGCAGAGCUAGACAAGCAACGGCAAGAACUGGAGCAGCGGCAACGCGAGCUUCUCGCCCAGCACCGCGAGGUCCAGCAGAAGCUUCAAGCCAAGUUGGCCUCGAAGAACGGCGAUGGAGGGGAGAAUGGAGAAGAGGGCUCGUUGAAUUCGGCGCUUCGCGCGCAGCUCGCGGCUCUCGAAGACGAGGCUAAGCUCCUCGGUCUCGACCCGAGCGCGACGGAUGAACCGUCCAACUCGUGGCAUGCGAGCUAUCGCGGACGGGGUCGCGGCAGAGGCGGCUUCGUCCCGCGUGGCCGUGGCUACGCUCCUCGAGGAAGAGGAUCAUACCGGGGCGGGUACCAAGGCGAUGUCCACGUCGCCUACGCCGCGUACUCGCUCGACAACCGUCCUCGGACUGUGUCCGUCACGGGUGUGGACUUUACUUCGUCUGAGAAGGACGAGGUGCUUCGGCAAUAUUUGCUUGCUGUCGGUGAAUUUACAGACAUCAACACCACCCCGUCCAAGACCGAAGUCACCUUCAAGGACCGCAAGACGGCUGAGAAGUUCUUUUACGGUCUCCCCAAGCAGGAGAUCCCGGGCAUCGACGGCCAACUCGAGCUGUCGUGGGUCGCCACGCCCCUGGCCCCCGUCAAGACUGUUGAGAAUGGCGCAUCGUCAAAGACCCAGGGCGCGUCUGACCAUGAUAUGGCCAUGGGCAACGCCGCACCUAAUGGAUCGUCGGCGGCACGUGACCUGAUGGAGCAGCAGCCGGAACAGCAGCGGGAUAUGGACUAUGAUGUUGCGGAUGACGAUGACUGGAGAGUUGAGUAG